GUGGUCUGGAAAAGACCUAUAUCUUCCACGACGAGGUCUCACGGAGGACAACGGAAGGUCUGAAGACGAGGUUUUUGCAAGCUUCCAUGAAACACGAUUUCAUAAAGAGGACCUAUAUGGUUUGGACCGAGAAAGCUUCGUUGAGUAUGCUAGUCCUCUAACAGCAAAGAACGACGGCAAACUCGAAGACAUGGGUGACGGCAAAACCAUCAUAUUUACGCCUAUAGUCACUCCUCAAGGCGAAUUAGCCAAUAAAGUGGGGGAUCUGCUGUCUGGGCAGGUCCCGUGGUUGGAGUUUUCCUCUCUUUCCUUGCAAUUCCCUGCUGUCUUUGACGGCGUGCCAGCUGCGAAGAGUUACUUUGCUGAACACUCGGCUUCGGGAGAUCUCAUUGCUACCCAAAAUACCGUUGUCUCUUCUCGAUGGCUAUCAAAUGCAGGGUCAUCACCCCGAAAAUCGUUCGAAGAAUUGGGAUAUGCCGACCUUAGUGACCUAUUCAAAGACAUGCCGAAGAAAGUCAGGGGUGAAAUCACGAAUCAGGCUCUGGAAUCUAUCUCUGGAGGGUCCGGUUCAAAACUCUAUGAAAAUUUCCUCGUCCGAGACGAACUGUUAGACGACAUGGUCGAGGCCGCGAAAACAGCUGCAGCGGCGCAAGCUGCAACACAGUGGGAACACUCUUCCCGUUCUGCGCUCACUCUCAAUUCUACGAGUUUGAUUGAGUCACUCUCGUCGAAACACGAUGUGCCGAUUGAGAUGGUUAACUCCGUUUAUAAACCGUGCCUUGCCACGGGAGCGAGAGGUUCUUUCAGCACCCAACUUUCUUCAUUGGAGUCAUCCUUGAUGAUCGAGCUCGCAAAAACGUGGGAGGAGGUUGUUUUGGAGUGGGAACUGAGGUCGUCUUCGCUCCGAUCAUCACAUCUGCAAGAGCCAUCCAACGAGUCUCUUCGAGAACAGUUGACCGAGAUCUUGACCUCAUACAUGCUUGCGGAUGUUAUCAGGCCUAAGAUCAAGACUGCCGGUCCCUCUAGCCUUCAGCGUUCCCCGAAGGCGGCCAAGGCGAUCAAAGACUUCAACUUGAAUCUCCCGGCUGACGGAGAGGAUUCGGCCCAAUCCAUGCGCAAAUUGCAAAGCGCCACCGACAAACUCAGGGGACAAUUGCGUAUCUCUGUCCCCACUACUGAUGAGCUGAGCGAAGCAAGAGAAACAAUGCUCAUGCAGAUGCGGGCGCAACUUCGAGAUAUGAAUACGGACGGACCGCGAUAUCUUCUGCUGACUCUUUUACUUCUUCAUGCGCAAAUGGAAGGUUCAAUGGGAGUCCUCUACUCCACCGGACGAUGUGUUCCCCGCCUAAUUCGAUCGUUAAGAGGGCGAGUCGAUACCGAGGCCUUGUCGUUGCUAAAUGCAUGCAAGGAUCAGGUGAAGGCGGGAAAUGACCUGGCGAUGGACAAAAAGAAGGAAUUGGGCGCACUGGUGGAUCCUCGCUUCGGUGACUCGGGCUGAAAGAACGGAUUGGAUGAUAUUUGCCGCACUCGAUGGAUCGUCGAAAAUGUGUAUUCAAAUAGAGGCAUGAAAAUCGCGCUGUCGGAUUCAGCUGCGUACAUGUGUAAUAUCUAUAUCAAGUCGCCAACAAGCGAUAAUGACAGCUCGCCAUAACUUUCGACGUCACAUAGAACCUAGUAUAUUUCCCACAUCACUUUCCAUCAUCCGCCAGUUCUUCGUCCCCCUAGAACUGGUCAAGCAAUCCUUCGGCUUCCAACAAGAGCA